AAGUUAGUUUUGUGUGUCAAGUUUGGAAAAUUUGGAUUUCAUUUUGCUACUCCUCAGUACAAAAUGAAACAGGUAGCAAAGUCUGGAGGGAAGUGGGGGCUGCCUCUUCUUUAAUAAGCAUGCUAUGUGCUUCACGAAGCUUCUGUUGCCUUGGCAUUAGAACAUACCAGCUACGAACCGAUUUGCUUUCUAGAUCCAUCAAGCUUUCAGCCUCUGAUUCUUUAAAGUCAGAGCUGCAGGUACCAGGCCAGAAGGAUCGCCUAGUUGUUAGGGCACUAGCCUGAAAUAUAGGAGACUGAUUCGAUCCCACCUUUAUCACAGACUUUUGACAAUGGCCUUUAGACACAAAAACACAAGACGAAUUGAAGGCCUUGACAACAAUGUGUGGGUUGAAUUUACAAAGGUGGCAGCAGAUCCCUCAAUUGUUAAUCUUGGUCAAGGCCUUCCUGAUAUAUCCCCUCCCAGCUAUGUUAAAGAAGAGCUGGCGAAUGUAGCAGCAGUUGACAGACUGAACCAGUACACGCGAGGCUUUGGGCAUCCGUCGCUGGUGAAAGCCUUGUCUCAAGUGUAUGAGAGAGUUUGUGGAAGAAAGAUCGACCCUCUCACAGAUAUCCUAGUGACAGUAGGAGGUUAUGGAUCUCUCUUUAGUACAAUACAGGCUUUAAUUGAAGAGGGAGAUGAAGUAAUAAUAAUAGAGCCAUUUUAUGACUGUUAUGAACCAAUGGUAAAAAUGGCGGGUGCGAAGCCUGUUUUCAUUCCUUUGAGAAAUAAAAGUGAUGGAAACUGUGCAUCUAGUGCUGAUUGGGUCUUAGAUCCCGCUGAACUUGCAAAGAAAUUUAACUCCAAAACAAAAGCGAUUAUUCUGAAUACCCCACACAACCCUAUAGGCAAGGUAUUUACCAGAGAAGAGCUCCAGGUAAUAGCUGAUCUCUGCAUUAAACAUGAUACCCUGUGCAUCAGUGAUGAGGUGUAUGAAUGGCUGGUGUACAAAGGAAGAAAGCACAUCAAAAUAGCUACAUUGCCGGGUAUGUGGGAGAGAACAAUAACUAUAGGAAGUGCUGGAAAAACAUACAGUGUAACUGGCUGGAAGCUUGGUUGGUCUAUUGGCCCCCAGAACCUGAUUAAGCAUUUGCAAGUUGUUCAUCAAAAUACACUGUAUACUUGCCCAACUCCAUUACAGGAGGCUUUGGCACGAGCAUUUUGGAUAGACUAUAAACGCAUGGAUGACCCAGACUGCUAUUUUUACUCACUGUCUCGAGAGCUGGAAAGCAAGCGUGAUCGGAUGGCUCAGCUACUUCGAGAAGUUGGAUUGAAGCCUGUCAUUCCAGAUGGAGGAUACUUUAUGAUUGCUGAUGUUUCUGCAUUAAAUGUGGAUCUCUCUGAUGUAGAUGGGAAUCAACCUUAUGAUUAUAAAUUUGUCAAAUGGAUGAUAAAAUCUAAGAAACUGUCAGCAAUCCCUCUUUCAGCAUUCUGUGGUCCUGAGACAAAAGGGCAGUUUGAAAAAUAUAUACGUUUUUGCUUCAUUAAGGAAGACAGCACACUGGAUGCAGCUGAAGUGAUCCUGAAGAACUGGACUAAACAGACAGAUUGAUAUAUAUAUAUAUAUAUAUUUUUUUUAAUUAACUCUUCCAUCUGGUAUAAUUAUCUUACACUAGAGUUUUUUAUUGCAAAUUUAAGAAUUACUUAAUUACAAAUUUCAGAAUUAAUUAUUACUUAAUACAGUACAGAAUUAAUGAUAUUGUAAACAUUUGUGCUGCCACCUGCUGAGGAGUUAAAAUGCUGAUUUACUGAAAUGUGUAAUGCAACUCAAGGUAUUUCCAGCCUUUUCAAAAUUCUUUUUUUCCUUUUAAAAAAAAGUGGUAUUCACAUCUUUUAUUGAAAGACAAAGAUUUCUGGGAUUGUAUAAGAAUAAAUAUAUGAUACAGGUAUUUUAAAAUUUUUGGUAUGGGGUAAUACAGGGAUUAGGGGUGAGACUUUAACGUUGUGAUUUGUGAAACCCAAUAGCCUGCAGUGGAGGAAAGCUAAGACAUCACAAAUAAGGUAAUUGCAGUGCCUUUCUACAUACCUGCCUACCAUAUCUGUGAACAAAUUGCAUCAGUUUAGGUAAAGUGAUUGAGUUAAAUCAAUAUAGUGUUUAUAUAUAGGCAAGAUAUAAAAUGCUAAGUUGUAUAAUCACUAUUUCAUUUUGUCACAGUAAUCGUGCUGUUUCGAAGGUAUUCAGUCCUCAAUAAAAUUAUAAAAG